GAGAGAGAGAGAGAAUUUGUGUGUGUGUGUGUGUGUGUGUGUGUGUGUGUGUGUGUGUGUGUGUGUGUGUGUGUUUGUGUUUUUUUUUGUCGAGGUGAAGUUGGCUGAAAAGAACAAAAGCAUCGCGGGAAUCGUUACAGACUGAAGCUGACAUCUUCACCCGCAGGUUGACAUGGCGAUGCGAGGCCACACCUCUGGCUCAUUAAUGAGUAAUCACACUAAGGAGAGAGUGACCAUGGCCAAGGUGACUCUGGAGAACUUCUACAGCACACUGAUCACACAGCAUGAGGAGAGAGAGAUGAGGCAGCAAAAACUGGAGAAAGUAAUGGAUGAAGAGGGACUUCCUGAUGAAGAGAAACGAGUGAGACGCUCACAGCAUGCAAAGAAGGAGACCGAGUUCCUGCGCUUGAAGAGAACAAGACUUGGUUUGGAUGACUUUGAGUCCCUGAAAGUGAUCGGACGCGGAGCAUUUGGAGAGGUGCGUCUGGUGCAAAAGAAGGACACAGGUCAUGUUUAUGCCAUGAAGAUCCUGCGUAAAGCCGACAUGUUGGAAAAAGAACAGGUGGCUCAUAUCCGAGCAGAGAGAGAUGUACUGGUUCAGGCAGACAGUCUGUGGGUGGUGAAAAUGUUUUACAGUUUCCAGGAUAAACAGAAUCUUUACCUGCUCAUGGAGUUCCUACCUGGAGGUGACAUGAUGACACUGCUUAUGAAGAAGGACACACUGACAGAAGAGGAGACACAGUUUUAUGUAGCUGAAACAGUUCUAGCCAUCGACUCCAUCCACCAGCUCGGCUUCAUCCACAGGGACAUCAAACCUGAUAACCUGCUGCUUGAUUCAAAGGGUCAUGUUAAACUCUCUGAUUUCGGUCUGUGUACUGGACUUAAGAAAGCUCAUCGUACAGAGUUCUACAGAAACCUCAGCCACAGCCUCAACACUGACUUUACUUCUCAGAACAUGAACUCUAAGAGGAAAGCAGAAACAUGGAAGCGCAAUAGGAGGCAGCUGGCAUUUUCCACUGUGGGAACUCCAGACUAUAUCGCUCCAGAGGUGUUUAUGCAAACAGGCUACAACAAGCUCUGUGAUUGGUGGAGUCUGGGUGUCAUUAUGUAUGAGAUGCUGAUUGGAUAUCCACCCUUUUGUUCUGAGACUCCUCAGGAGACGUAUAAAAAGGUGAUGAAUUGGAAGGAGACGCUGGUUUUCCCCCCUGAGGUGCCAAUUUCUGAGAGAGCCAAACACCUCAUCCUCAGGUUCUGUUGUGAAGCAGAUCAUCGUACUGGAGCUUCAGGAGUUGAGGAGAUUAAGAGGAACCCGUUCUUUGAGGGAGUUGAUUACGAUCACAUCAGAGAGAGACCAGCUGCAAUCCCCAUCGAAAUCAAAAGCAUUGACGACACAUCAAACUUUGAUGAGUUUCCUGAGUCAGACAUACUGCAGCCUGCAGCUGCAGCAGCGAGUAGUCAUGCGGAGUCUAACUAUAAGAAUAAGGACUGGGUUUUCAUCAACUACACGUAUAAGCGCUUUGAGGGUCUGACAGCACGAGGAGCGAUUCCAUCCUACAUGAAGGGAGGGAAGAGAUGAGUGCAGACACACACCUGUCCUUAUGUCUGCCCCACCCUCCUGUCCAUCUCACAUCAGUACUUUAACCCCAACACUAUGUGACUUCAUCCCAUCAUCCCCUGAGUCACACACACACAACACUGAGUUUCUUUGGCCUGACAUCAGGAGGAAGUUAUUUUAUUUGAUUCCAACAUUUCUCAUGUUGCUGUAGCAACCAGAGGUACAGAAACAUCACAUACACACACAAACACACACUCACACACACACACACUUGCUUACACACACACUCCCACACACACUCCCCCCACACACACACUUGCUUACACACACUCAGACACACACCCUCACACACACACACACACACACACUCAAAGACACACACUCCCACACACACACACUAUCUCUCUCUCACACACACACCACACACACUCCCACACACACUCAAACACACACACACUCCCACACACACUUGCUUACACACACACUAUCUUUCUCUCACACACACACAAACACGCACACGCACACACACACACACACUCUCGCAUACACACUUGCUUACACAGUGUGUCACUUUUAUACAUAUAUAUAAAUAUAUAUGUAUAGCCUGUGUUUUUGUGUCAUUUAUUUGUAUCAAACACAAACACACACAUGUAUAAUGCUCAAAUAAUAUUCCAUCAUAAAUUAUCUGUCAUCAGUUUGUGUGUUUAUUUGAUUUUAUUUUAUAUUUUUUUUAUUAUAGUCACAGACUUUGUUUCUCUUUAUAUUGUUGCCAUGACGACAGAACACUGUUUCUGAUACUGUUUCAUAAUCUUUAUUUAUUCCUGUGUAUAUUAUGUUUAUAUUUUGCUGUAAUAUAAAAUGUGUAGAUGGUACGAGCUAAAUGGGAGACAGUACAACUGUCUCAUACAAUAAAAUGAUUCAGUCAUGAUGUGA